AUGAGCGAUGCUACUCUCCUAAUGUCAUGGCCAACCACCUCGGUGAUGGGAGCUUUCGUCGUGGCUUGGCUCGUAUUGUGUGCCUCUUUCCGCUUCAGACGCAUCAACAGCCUGCAGAAACGCCUGGGCUACACCGACCGCGCUUCUCUUGCGGGCAUGAGUAACACCGAUGCCCAGCUCAUCCUCAAGCACCUCAUCGAGUAUGAGUUUCCCAAAUUCUAUUUGCUUUCUCUCCAGUUCGCCAUCUUCAAGACUUAUGGCUUUGAGACCGUGUCCAAGCUCAUCGUCGCCACCAAGAACUUGGCCGACCCUGAGAAUGCGCAGAAGAGAUAUGAGGACACAACCAUCAUCUUUGGCGAAUUCUCUUUGAACCCGCCCACCUCGGACCGCGCCCUCAAGGCCAUCUCCCGCAUGAACUUCCUCCACAGCAGCUACAAGGCCCGCAACCAAAUCUCCAACGCCGACUUCCUCUACACCCUCGCCGUCUGCAUCACGGAGCCCAUCCACUUCAUGCGCUUCUACGAGUGGCGCAAUUUCACCGACAUGGAAAUCUGCGCCAUCGGAACCCACUGGAAGGCCAUUGGCGACGCCAUGGACAUCAAGUACAAGGGCUACCUCACCCAAGAUUCGUGGGCCAACGGCAUCGAGUUCGUCGAGGACAUCACAGCCUGGGCUAAACGCUACGAGAUCGACGCCAUGAAGCCCGCGGGUACCAACAUCCAGGCCGGCGCCCAGCUGACCCGCAUGCUCCUCUGGCACGUCCCGACCUUUGCCAAGCCUUUUGCGCAGGAGGUGCUGACCGUCCUCAUGGGAGACCGCUUGAAGGAAAUUGACAAAGUAUAUGUUAAUCACAGCUUCCCCGAGCCCGGGAUCGUUGCAUCCGUAACCGCUUACGCCGCCCUCGUCGCCCGCCGCUUCGUCGUUCGCCAUCUCAUGCUCCCUCGCCUUUCUCCUGUCGUCUUCUUCUCCGACCCCAACCCCAAGACGGGCCGCAUCCUGCACCACGACUACCUCGUCCACCCGUACUACAUCCCCGCCACCUUUUGGAACCGCUGGGGUCCGGUCGCGCUAGCCACUCGUCUUCUCGGGGGCACAGUCCCCGGCUCGGAGAAAAUGAUGCCGCAGGGCUUCCUCGUCGAGGAUAUCGGUCCCAAGGAGAAGAUGGGCAUGGGUACCGUAGAGCUUGCCGAGGGGGUCGAGAUGCUCAAGUGCCGCGGCCGCGGGGCCUGCCCUUUUUCGGGCUGA